AUGGUGCUCUCGUUUAUCCUCAUUCAGAACAGGCAGGAAGACAAGAUUGGCGAAGUGGAUGAAGAGAAAGUCAAGUUAAAGGGCGAGGUCCACCGCCUCAUCGCCCCGCGCGACCAAAAACACCAAUCCAACUUCGUCGAGUUCCGCAACAUGUCCAAGAUCGUGUACCGCCGCUACGCCGGCCUCUUCUUCUGCGCCUGCGUCGACACAAAUGACAACGAGCUCGCGUAUCUCGAAGCCAUACACUUCUUCGUUGAGGUGCUAGAUGCCUUCUUCGGGAACGUGUGUGAGCUGGACUUGGUGUUUAAUUUCUACAAGGUGUAUGCGAUACUGGAUGAGGUGUUUUUGGCGGGUGAGAUUGAGGAGACGAGUAAACAGGUUGUGCUGACGAGGUUGGCGCAUUUGGAUAAGCUGGAGUAG